AUGUAUUAGCUUCCUCCUUACCAAUUAUUUCAUGGCGUCACUAACACCGUUUCAGACUCUCUUUCCCAGAACUCGUUCAUCCGCUUCACUUUCAGCGCCUGCUUUAUCAGGCGCCUCUCCUCCUUCAGUAUCGUGGACUUCGCUUCAGACUAAGAACAAAAGCAGGAAACCUUCAACGGUGGUUGCUGCCGUCGGAGACGUCUCGUCUGAUAGCACCACCUACCUCAUCGCCGGCGCUAUUGGUGUAGCCCUAAUCGGAACUGCCUUUCCCCUCUUCUUCUCUCGCAAGGACACAUGCCCUGAAUGCGACGGAGCAGGGUUUGUUCGGAAGGCGGGGGCGACUUUGAGAGCAAAUGCAGCAAGAAAGGACCAAGCUCAAAUUGUUUGUGCACGAUGCAAUGGUCUUGGAAAACUUAACCAAAUUGACAAGUAGAAAACUCUCAGCUCCUAAUUCCUGAUGAAUAUGUUUGUUCUGUUUGCAACCCUUCUUGUUUUGUUAAUGUUCUUUCAUACUUACAUAUAUGCAAUUUAUGCUUAUGUGCGUGUAAAAAUGUCUGACAAAUAUGAUUGGAUUGUUCUGUUCCCAAUCUUCUCUGGUUUGGUACGAAUACAAGGUAAAGAAAACUAUUGUUUUAA